GGCUAUUUGAAUUUGACGCUUGCUCCCCGUUCUCCUAUUUCAUAUUUCAUUAUAUUGCAGCAAAGAGAAAAAAAAAGUGCACGCGCCUUUCCUAUCCUCUUCAUUUCACUGUUUUGGUUUACAGCUAAUCACUUCUCUCAAAUGAGGAGUGCCUCACCGUCCGAUCCCUCAAAUUCACAACUCUCGUCAUUGCAGGUGCUACCCUCUUCAUAUGAUGUGGACUCUCAAGAAACGCAUAUAAACACACAAAUAUCUGCUGAAGAAGCAGAUGCUGAUAGUAACCCGAUCUACGAUCUGGCACGGGCCAUGUUUCCUAGCGCAACGGAGCCAUAUAAUGAUUAUGACACGUUUCUCAAAGAGGCCACUCAAAACCUGAGCAAACUUCGUGCCGAGAAAGGACACACUGAAGCAUCCAAACUGUCAUCCAAGCAUUGGGAUUUCUACACAAGCCAGCUGCCGUCGCAAACAGCAUCAGCACCAGCAGCAAUCAACGACGAACCUGAAGAGGAUAUUGUACCGCCAACUGUCUUUGCUUCCCAACCAACAGGAGACGAGCCGCGUAAAAAGAAAAAGGACAGGGACAAGGACAAGAAAAAGAAGAAAAAGAAACUUACACCUGGUUUCAUGUGAGGGCAGUAUGCUCCUCUUGUUCUCCUCGCGUCUAUAAAACAUUUCUUGUAUAUUCUCUCCAUAAUUGUACAUACUGGCUCUCUGCGAUCUUCCGUCCGAUAUCAGCUUAUACCAUACAUCAACCAUUGUCACCAUAAAUAUCAUUCCAAACAAAUAAAUGUGUACGCAACAAUGAAAC